AUGGGCUUAUCGCAGUGGGGCUGGAGAGUCUCCCCCAGCAAGGGCAGCAGCAGCAGCAGCAGCAUGGCUCCCGUCAUGAGAGCAGAGAGGGGGAACCGGGAGAAAAUCAGCUUUCUGCUGAUGCUGAAGCGGGAGCCGGACAGUUUGACGGCUCCUGUCAAUGUGACGAUCAGAGAGCUAGAGGCCAACUCCGGCGUGGUCACAUGGGACAUCCCAGAGGGGGACCCUGUCAUCGGCUUUGCCAUCACCCAGCAGAAGAAGGAUGUGCGCAUGCUACGCUUCAUCCAGGAAGUGAACACGACCACCCGUAGCUGUGCAUUAUGGGACUUGGAGGAGGAGACCGACUACAUAGUGCAUGUGCAGUCCAUUGGUACAAACGGGCCCAGUCCUCCCAGCCAGCCAUUACUGUUCCGCACACCCGCAGAAGCUGAGACACCCACGAGCAAACACAAAGACGAGGUUACCAUGGAGGAGGUGGGACAAGCCAAUCAGCUGAGGGCAGGGGAGAUCAUCAUCAUCGUCGUGGUGCUCAUUAUGUGGGCAGGUGUGAUCGCUCUCUUUUGCCGUCAGUAUGAUAUAAUCAAAGACAACGAGCCCAACACCAACAAAGACAAAGCCAAGACCUCCUCCGAGUGUAGUACCCCUGAACACCCCUCAGGGGGGCUGUUGCGCAGUAAGUUCCCCAACAACAACAACUGCAACAACAAGAGGACGCCAUCUGUGCACAUCAUCGAGGUGUGACGCUCCCCGUCCCCUAACUGAAGGACUUCAAAGGAGUCUCCCCAACUUGGACCGUAUGGCUCUCCUCCCUGCACAGACCCGGCUCCUGAUGUGCCAGGCACUCUGGGAGCUGGCUCUGCCCUCGCUCCUGUCAGCUGGGCCUGGGGUUUGAACGGGAGCCAAGGACCGCUCCUCAGGGACUGGCCGCAAUGGGCCAGCGGCAAGCGGAGAGGGGAGACAAUGGUGGGUGGGGCAGACGCCCAAGGGACCCUCUCUCUCUCUCUCUCUCGGCUGCAGAAGCGAGGAGAUAAGGCCCCCAUCUCGUGAUGAACAUGUCCGCAGAGCGGGAGAUAACCGGGGCGACAGAGACGCUUUUCUUUCCCGGCUCCUUAUCGAUGUGCACCCAGCCCCUUCUUGAGCCGCGGGUGAGGAGAGGAGACGACGUGGGGACACCAGAUGGCCACCGGGCCCUUUUCUUCUCCCCCCUCCGCCCUCUUCUCUCCUCCACGCCCCCGGCUCUUUGGUUCUUCUGUAAAGAUUUCUUACCGCUGUGCAUCUUAACUGUUUCAGUGCAGGUUUAUCUCUCAAACACACCACCACACAUUUGAAAAACUGAGCAUGUUUCAACGACACUUCAUCUUCCGAAAACACAAAGCCGCAAACCAGCAUUUUUCAAACUCGACAGCAGCUCCCGAACAUGUUUGCGUCUCUGGUUCCCUUGUGCUCGGAGUUCUGUCCUCAGCCAUUUGGCAUUUACUCGUUCCCCUGUUGUUGGCGACUGCACAGCACUGGCUGUGUAUUCUAAUUUAGAGGCCCCUUAGCCUCCAUGUAUCAUCACUGUUUUGAGGUCGAUAAAUUGAUAGAGGAGAGAGAGGGAGAGAGAGAGAGAAAAGAGGGAGAGAGAGAGAUAGUCAGAUCUCUAGAGGAAAUCGGCCAAGCAUCUGGACCAGGGCCAGGCAUGCUGGAGCAUCUGCACCAGUCUUAGAGAUUGGUAGGACUUUAGGGAGCCAUCUGUGGCCAAUCGCUCUCCUUUCCUCUCUCCCGCCUGCCUCGCAGGAUAGACGACCAUUCCCUAAAGAGCGAGGGGCUAAAUUUGGAACGGUUGAUACUGUAGUUACCUGCUGAGGACCCAGGCUGGAUCAAAGCAUGCCUCGGUGAAAACUCUCACGGUCGCUCCUUAUCUGACUGAUUGGGUGUUAUGGUCUUUGGUUUGUAUUAAUAACGACCUCUGAACAUUAAUUACAUCAAACUGUUGAACUCGACAGGUAAUGAGCGGCUUUUUAUUCAGGAUGAAAUUACAUUAGUCAUAAUUUAUACAUCUUUGAUGUACAUUACUUUAAUCAUAGACACAUUAUACUGGAUUGAUAUUUGUGUGAGUCAUGUUUAAUGAAAACAUUUCUUGUUUAUUUUCUUUCUUUGAUUAAUACUUUGAUGUUUGUGGGUAUUUGGAAAGCCUCUUUCUCUUGAACUUCAAAAGAGACACUUCACACAAGUAGAGGACACAUUUCCAAAUGUUCCAGACAUCUCUGAUAAAUCAGUUAAUGUUUGCCAGGAAGAAACAUUUAAAGGCAACUUCAAUGUGCCACCACAGCAUGAACAAAGAAUGUAUAAUACAUAUUAAGAUGUUAUUUGAUGAUAAAAAUAACCUUGUUUUUAGAAACACAGCUAUCAUUGAAUCAAACAAAUAUCUUCUGUCUUUUGGAUCUAAAAGGGAAACUGACCCCGUCUCCUUGAAAGGGCUCAAAAAAUCUCACGUUAGCAAUAAUUAUCAGGGCAGUCUAGAGUGUAGUCAAAGUCCCAAAAUGUAAACCACUUGAAAAGUUUGAUGGUUAAACGGGAGUGCAUUGCCCUCCAUAAUAUGGUUGUGUUAGUAGUUUGAGGUUUUUAAACAAUAAUAUAUUCCACACAAUGGAGGGUUAUUGUGAGCAUUUUAAACAGUGUUUGGUUGUUUCUAAACGACUUCCAACAAGGAAGGGCUUCUGUUAAGUAAAAGAAAAAAGAACAUUUUGUAAUAAAAAAAAAAAACAAGCGAAGAAUGAUGUUAAAACAUCAUUAAGGACUGUGCUUAGUCUACACUAACCUGUGGACUGUUUAAGGAGAAUGUAUAGACAGGAUGAACCCUGAGAAUUCUUUCCACUUUCUUUUGGAAAUGGACAGAGUCCCAUUUGUUUUUUAUAAAUGCAAAUGCAGAUCUUGUGUUGCUUGCUGAUAUAAGUCAUUUACUAGAGCUGGUCCUGAUUCUGUGAUUUGAUCUUGAACUGAUGUGCUGGAAUUUCUUGGGAUGUGUUUUAAGUUGGCUCAGCUGACAGGGCGGGAUGAACGGACAUCGGAGUGGAACUCAUAAUGUAAGUUAUCACUGACCUUCUGUAUGUCCUCAUUUCCUCCUCAGCACAAGGAAUAGAUUGAAGGCGGGAGAGGUCACUGAGUUUAGGAACUGUUUUGAAAGAAAAGAGUGAAAGGCAUAUAAUGUCAGGUUUUAAUGCAGCGCAUUUACAAGGCUUUACAGACAGUGGUUACUGUUGUGUUUUUUUUUUAAGUAGAGAAGACUGCUGACGUAUCGUAUGUACUGUAGGUAAUAUGACUGUUUAUAAAGCAUACUAUCUGCCCAUGAGUCUUGUAUGUAUAACAUCCAUUUGAUUAUCCGCUUACGAUCAUAUAUUUAUCAAUCUGAUGCAAUUUAUAAAGCUUGCUCCUUAUUAGAAAAUAAAGACAAAA